AUGUUGAUACGUGGUUUCACGCUGCGUGAAAGGAGGACAAAGAAACAAAAAUAUUUUCACGUUUACAAUUUUAGUAAAAAUACUUUCCUGGCAGGUAAAGCACCUUUAGUAGACUGUUUGAAUUCUGACAAGUCACUGCAAGGGACAGUAGUUUUUAUCAAUACGAAGAGCUUAUACGAGUGGAGUGCGCGGGUGGGGUCGCGGCGUCGCUCGUCGCAGAGCUCGCCCGCCGCGCUGCUCGCGCACUUCGACACUAGUGCCUUGCAGAUCAGAGACUGGUUGUCGGUGGAAGUGGACAUGUUGCGGGCUCAGCCGGUGGCCGUCGGCGAUGUCGACGAUAUCCUUCAGCAGCUGGAUAAACAGAAGGUACUU